UCUCUCUCUCUCUCUCUCUCUCUCUCUCUCUCUCUCUCUCUCACCCAAUUACGAAGAAGAAGAAGAAGAAAUUACUUUCUCGAGGAUCAAACGCGAGAAAUCCCUUUUCGUUUGUUCGAUUUGAUUUUUGAUCUGAUCUGAUCUGAUCUGAUCUGGAUUUUCGGAUAAAUGGCGCCGAGGGAGAAGGCGGUGGCCGUCAAGGGUAACGGCGGGAGCGUUAAGGAAGUGCAUUUCAGAGGAGUGAGGAAGAGGCCUUGGGGAAGAUACGCCGCUGAGAUCAGAGAUCCGUGCAAGAAGAGCCGCGUCUGGCUCGGAACCUUCGACACGGCGGAAGAGGCCGCCCGUGCCUACGAUACUGCCGCUAGAGAGUUCCGCGGCGCCAAGGCCAAGACCAAUUUCCCCUUGCCCUCCCAAGAUCUUCUUAACCUUAACAAUAAGAUUAACAACAUCAACAAUCAGAGCCCCAGUCAGAGUAGCACGGUUGAGUCCUCCAGCCGGGAGCAAGCUCUGAUGGUUGAUUCCUCCCCUUUGAAUCUCAAUCUCGGCCACGGAAUCGCCGGAGCCAUCAGUAUUCCGUUCCAGCGCUACCAAAUUCCCAUGAUCGGAAACGUUUUCGCCCGCGGCAUACCGGCAUCGAAUCACCUUCUGUAUUUCGAUGCCGCUUUUCGUUCCGGAAUGAUCAAGAGUCAUCAUCAGAACCAACGGCUACCCUUCGAUCACCAUCACGAAGCGGUGAGUGAUUUCCGGCGCGAUUUCGCAAGCGGCGGCGUACAGAGUGACUCCGAUUCCUCCUCCGUCGUCGACAUGAACGGCCAGGACCUCAAGCCAAGAGGAAGCGGCCUCGAUUUCGAUCUGAACUUUCCCCCACCAGAAACCGCCUGAAUUUUUUUACCCUACAUAUCUCGCACCAUCGGUUGGGGAUUAUCAUAAAUUAGGUCUUCCCUUUUUUUCGGUUUUUGUUUAAUAACAGCCUUAAAUACGAAAGGAUUAUGACGGAGAAGAAGAUGAUACGAUUGUGAAUACGAAUCCGAUCUCCUCAUUUUUUGCAGCAGACAAAACCCGUACACACAGGGUUCUCCCUGCUGUUCUCAUCGACGAGGGAUCAUUUUGCAAUAUUUUUUUUGUUUCCCUUGAUUUAAUUUCUGUAGUUGGAAGUUGUAAUCUCUGAGAAAAAUAUUUUUACAAGGAAUGAAUUAACGCUCGUAAUUCUUACAAACAA